AUGGCAACCUCUCUCCUCGCUGCCCUCAACUGCAGGGACAGCGUCCACCUCGUCGUCGGAACAAACCCCCUCGCCGCCUCCCGCUGCGGCCAGUCCAUCAACGCCGGCGCCCACCCCAUCCUCAUCGCCCCCGAGGGCUCGGAGCUUCACUACAGCCUGCAGAAGCGCAUCGACGACGGCCAGGUCAAGUGGUGCAAAAAGGACUUUGAGGAUGCCGACCUGCUGCUGCUCGGCCGCGAGGAGGUCGACCGCGUCGUUGACGCUGUCUUUGUCACCUCCGGGCCGCGCGAUCCUAUGAGCCUACACAUCUCGAACCUGUGCAAACGUCAUCGCAUCCCCGUCAACGUCGUCGACUCGCCCCAGCUCUGCACCUUCUCCCUCCUGUCCACCCACACCGACGGCCCUCUCCAGAUCGGCGUCACCACCAACGGCCGCGGCUGCAAGCUCGCCUCGCGCAUCCGCCGCGAAAUCGCCGCCUUGCUGCCUGCCAACCUGGGGCCUGCGUGUGCCCGUCUAGGCGAUGUGCGCAGGCGCAUCCACAACGAGGACAGUCUCGCCCAGGACGAGUCCUCCCUCGAGGAUUCCGUCGACCAGGCCGCCCAUUUCAACCGCCUCGUCACCGAGGAGGACGCCAAGAACCGCCGCAUCCGCUGGCUCGGCCAGGUGUGCGAAUACUGGCCCCUGAAGCGCCUUGCCGCCAUCACCGACGACGACGUCGAGUCGAUUCUCAAGUCUUACCCCGGAUCUACAGGUCCCGAUAUGAAGCGCACCCCCCCUGCCGAGAAGCGAGUCGGCAGCAUCAUUCUCGCUGGGAGCGGACCUGGUCACCCCGACCUCCUUACCCAGGCCACCCACAAGGCCAUCAAGUCGGCCGACCUCAUUCUCGCCGACAAGCUUGUCCCGGCUGGCGUUCUCGAUCUCAUCCCCCGCCGCACGCCUGUCCAGAUCGCCCGCAAGUUCCCGGGCAAUGCUGAGCGCGCCCAGGAGGAGUUGCUUGAGAUGGCCCUCGCCGGCGUCCAAGAAGGAAAGACUGUCCUCCGACUUAAGCAGGGAGACCCUUUCAUCUACGGCCGCGGUGGCGAGGAGGUUGCCUACUUCCGCGAACACGGCCUCGGCGACCGCGUCUCUGUCCUCCCGGGUAUCACCAGCGCUCUCAGUGCGCCCCUGUUUGCCGCCAUCCCACCUACCCAGCGCGACGUCGCCGAUCAAGUUCUUAUCUGCACCGGUACUGGAAAGAAGGGCAAGGCACCGACGCCUCCAGAGUACGUACCGAGCCGCACUGUCGUCUUCCUCAUGGCCCUGCACCGCAUCGUCGGUCUCGUCCGCGAGCUCACCACGCCCAUUGAGCUGGAGCCCCUCUCCCCUGCCACUGAGGAUGCCACAAACACCCAAUCACCGCCCCUGCCAUCACCGGACCAAGUCUCUCUCACGAUGGGCGAGAACAAGCGCAUCCUGUGGCCGGGCAACACCCCCUGCGCCGUCAUCGAGCGUGCCAGCUGCCCAGACCAGCGCGUCAUCCGCACGACGCUGGAGCAUGUUGCUGAGGCCAUUGAGGCCGAGGGCAGCCGCCCUCCGGGCCUAUUGGUCGUCGGACGCGCCUGCGAGUUCCUCCACAGCAAGGAGAAGGGCCGGACCUGGGUUGUCGAGGAAGGAUUCCGGGGGAUCGAAGUGGAAGACUUUACCAUGGGUUUGGAGAAAUUGCACGAAUGA